AUGUUUCUCCGAAAGGGCAAACCAAAAUCCGGGGAGAAAGAGAGCUUUUUGCGAAAAACCUCGGAAGUCCGCAAUGAACGAGGGUUCAGAGGUUUAGUUGGAAAAAUUAGAAAGAAGAGGCAAUCUGACCUAGACGACUUUCUGGUCAUCGGAAUUGAUUUUGGAACCACAUACUCAGGCGUGGCAUGGGCAACGGUGGAAGAUUUUGAGAGAGAUGAGAUUAAUAUUAUCAGCAAUUGGCCUGAACACGCGAGAGAGGAACCAAAAGCGCCUACAGAGCUGCUCUAUGAGAAUGGAAAAGUGAUGUGGGGAUAUGGUAUCCCACAUGACGGGGACCCUGUGCGUUGGUUCAAGCUGCUGCUCUUACGUGAUGAAGACAUGACCGAAGAGCAGCAUCAAUCUGAACCUCUCUUGCGUGCACGAAAGCUGAUGCGAGAGACGGGUAAAACGGCGACGGACUUGGUCGCGGAUUACCUCCGAUUAUUGUGGCAGCAUACCAUGGAAACAAUUCACAUGUUUCGUAGUAAGUCGGUCAUUUCUGCGCUCACUUUCCACGUUGUCAUUACUGUGCCUGCUAUAUGGAAGGACUAUGCGCGCAAGGCUAUGGAAGAGGCUGCACGGAACGCUGGCAUUUUACAAGCCCGUCCUAUUGGCCCCACGACCCUCACCUUUGUUCCGGAGCCAGAGGCAGCUGCUCUUGUAACACUCUGCGAACGUGGCCGUGAACAUGACAUUGAGACCGAUGAUGUUUAUGUGAUCUGCGACGCUGGCGGAGGCACUGUGGAUCUCAUCACCUAUCGAGUUGGAGAAUUGGAUCCAAUCGAGAUGCAUGAAGCAGUGAUAGGGACUGGUGGUCUCUGUGGUGGUAUCUUUGUCGACGAGGCAUUCGAGACCCUCUGCAGAGAUCGUCUGGGAAGACAAUGGAACAAACUUAGCCCGACAGGCGUGAAAUCUAUACUGAAAGACCAGUGGGAAUACGGUUACAAACCGACGUACAAGCCGAACACCGAUGUCCGAGAACUCGUUAUUUCUGUUCCUGCCGAGGCUUUUCAGGGUGCUGAGCUUAAUGACCAAUCCAGAAAGCCUUUUAUCAAAAAUGGGCGAAUUCACUUCUCAAGCUCCGAUAUUCAAAAGGCAUUUACCUCGGUUUUCUCCGAUAUCGAGGUGCUCAUUGACCAGCAACUCAGCAAGACACGAGAGAAAGGUCUUCCGGUUAAACAAAUAAUACUUGUCGGCGGACUUGGCUGCAGUCCUUACCUCUCUAACCAGUUAUCGGCGAAGUACGCGCAACACGGCAUAGAGAUUAUACAAUCCAUGGGCAUGGCACCUCGUACGGCUAUCUGCCGUGGUGCCAUUGUUAAAGGCUUUUUAACCGGACACGGUGGUGCUGGCUCUCAUCUUACUGUCGUGUCAACCAUCGCACGACAAAGCUUAGGUAUUAAGUACUCCGCAGAGUAUAACAUUGAUAUACACCGGACAGAGGACAAAUACUACGAUGAAGUGGAAGGUAACUGGAAGGCUGGGAACCAGAUGGAGUGGUACAUGCAAAAGGGUGGGGAUGUCUCGAAAGCAAAACCUGUUCGACAUGACUGGUACGAGUGCCACACAAAUGAGGACCAGUUUGUGAAACCCUUCCAACUGGAAAUUUUCCAGUGUGAUGAUGAAAAUCCACCAUCCAGGCGCAGUUCGAAGGUCCACAAACUAUGCACAGUAAACAUUAACCGCCAGCACAUCCCUUUUAAUUCUCUUCCCGAUCUCGUGAGAAAUGAUGGCGUGCGGGUGAAAAGAUGGUCGUUUGAAAUCGAGAUGGUGCCUUCUGGGGCUUCGAACGAGUUCAUAGUCUAUUAUCAAGGACUGUUUUCUAUGAUUGAAGGCUGUGUCUGA